UAACUAGAAUAAGUUUGAAUUUUAAUAGAAUACAACCCCCAAUUGGAGAUGUUCAAACUCAAUUCAUUGUUAAUUCUAUUAGGAAUAUUAUUCAUUGUAUCUGCUAGCCUGUUGGAUGCAAUCAAAUCAUCCAUUCCUUCUAGUGCGCAAUCAUUAUGGGAAAUUCCAAUAUAUCAACGAGCAGUUGACUUAAACAAGGGAUUUGUCAAGGAAACAGAUAUGGUUGUUCUUAAGAACAUUGAUUCCAAACCUCAAGAUGAAUAUUACUUUCUUGUGAAUGAUGGAUUCGAUUCUGUUGGCAACCUUUCUGUAUUUGCUGGUGUCUUGAAUGAAAACCAACGAGUUGAAUUGAACUACACUGAAGUUGUUCCUAACAAGGUCUUCUUGAUUAAAUUACCAAUUCCAGUAGCUUCAGGAUCAGAACUUACUCUCAAGUUUAACUAUGUUUAUGCUGAUCAAUUAAUCCCUGUUCCAAAGGAAAUUGCCAUGGACAAGAUUCAAACUUUGUUGUACAAGACCAAUAAGUUCCCAUUGAGUCCAUAUACUAUUGGUGAAUAUACUCUUUUAUUCCAGGGAUUAACUAAGGGUGAAGAAUACAUCAUCCAUGAUGUCGAAAGUACUGAAGGUGCCCCAGAACUCGUUGGUCCACAAGUCAAUGCUGAACAAGGUUUAGUUCAAUUUGGUCCACUUAAAGGUGCAGUUUCUCCAUUCACAAUUGUUCCACUCGGUUUGAAGUAUGAUCACAACCGUCCAUUAGCUAAAGUCACUAAUUUAUUCCGUUCUAUCUGGAUUCCUGCUUCUGAUGUUAACAAAUUGAGUAUUGAAGAAUACUAUGAAUUAACUAACAAUGGUGCCCAUUUGGAUACUGGAUUCAGUAGAAUUGAAUGGAUCAAAGGAAGAUAUGAAUCGCAAAGAAACCAUUGGGCUUUGUCACAUUUAGAAUUCCCAUUGACUAAAGAUAGAAACAUGGACGAUUAUUACUAUACUGAUAAAGUCGGAGUUGUAUCUACCCAUAAAUUAAUCGAGAAUUUCUUAGUGUUAAAGCCAAGAUUCCCAUUAUUUGGAGGUUGGAAUUAUAACUUCACCUUGGGAUGGAGUGAACAAUUGGAUAAAUUCUUGCAUAAGCUUCACAAUUCAAAUGAUGAAUAUAUAAUCAAGGCUCCAUUAUUGAACAGUUUGAGAGAUACAAGUUACGAUAACGUAUACUUGCAAUUCUAUUUACCUGAAAACUCAGAAUUUUUGAAUGUUUCAUCGCCAAUUGCCUACGAUUCAUUGGAAGUUUCCAAUGAAUUGUCUUACUUGGAUGUUUCCAAGGGUCAUGUCAAAGUUACUAUCGGAUACAAGAAUUUGAUUGAUGAUUUAUAUAAAUUGGAUGUGUUUGUCAAGUAUAGAUACACUCUGAUGGAUUAUUAUAAAAAGGUGGCCAAGAUUUCCGGAUUGAUCUUUUUAGCAUUGAUUAGUUAUUAUUUGAUUGGAUUGGUUGAUCUUUCUAUUGAAAAGGAAAAGAAGAAGGAAGUCAACAAGGAUGACAAGUAGAUAUUUACAUAGUGAAUCAAAAGCAUAUUACUAUU